CUAAAUGUUCACAUCAUAGUGACAAAUUGAGUAGCAACAACAAAUCUGCGAUCAUUCUCAGCAAAAGGAAUAAUUAUCGAUAAAGUCUAUGGCAAUUAAUUUACUUUCUACCAAUACUAUAAAGGAAUAAAGAAAAUAAAAGGCUCGGAACGUAUCAUAUUUUAGACAUAUUGCUGGAUAGAAAAUUAUUGGUUUUCUCUACUCCUUUUCCACUCUUACUCUUACUAAAAUCACUCGAGGUAAUUGUAUUAUAAUUAAGUUCAUUGGUGUCUAAAGAUCAUCAUUUUUCUUUUUUUUUUUUUUUUUAAAUCAUCACCUUGGUGUACUAACAUUGUCCGAAUCAGCAAUCAUCAACAGAGUCCUAUGCAAAACAGAUUUUCAUUCAUGUGGAAUCCAUAAUGGAACUUCUUUUGCAAGAUGGGCACAUCAAGGAAAAUAUGUUAGAAGACCCGCAGCGGAGCAAGACACCAUCAAGCCACGAAGGAAUUCCUAAAAGAAGAAGCCCUGUUAAUGCGAAGAGACUACCAAAACGACCUACUCGACCAAAUCUGUUGACUGUGGCUCCUCGAAAUACUGAAGAGAAAAAUACGGAUUACUCAAUUGAUAAUGAUUCCGAUGAUGAUUCCCCGAAUACCUCAUCCUCACUAAACGGCCAGUCUGAAAAUGAAUCAGAUGAGGCGGAUGAUAUCAGUUUGGCCAACACGUCUGUAAAUUCUUCCUCUACUGCUGCUGAGGUUGCUGAUGAAGAGGAGUCGCCAACGAAGCUUGAUGAAAGAAAAAUUCAAUCCCUAUACCCUAAACAUAAAAAUCAUCCCGUAUCAAGUCGAGAACAUCUACGUUAUGUUCCUGUUCAUAAGAGGCGAAUGCCAAAAAAAGAAAUGACACUUAGCCAAAAGAUUUUUGUCGCACAAGUGAUAAAUACUGGUUCCACUGAAAUACCAAAUCAUAGAAAGAGAUUAGGGAAACGCUUUAAUAAGUAUGAUCCAUCCAAUUACAAGAGUUCUCUCUGGGCUUCUGAAGUUAGUGCAAGUGGGAAAUACCUAGCGACCGCAGGAAAGGACUCCAAUAUUAGAGUAUGGAAAGUCAUUGAGUCUAAAAAAGAUCGUAGUUCUUUUUUUAAAGAAGAGACUAAAAGGAAAGAAUCUUAUUUUAGCGGUUUCAGUAUCUUUGAGCCAGAACCAGUUUUAAGCUGUACUGGCCAUCGAGCUGAGGUUCUUUGCGUAUCUUGGAGCAAAAACGACUUUUUGCUAACAGCAUCCAGCGACCGUACCGUUCGCCUUUGGCAUCCUAGACUAAACAGAUGCUUGGCCAUCUUUCAACAUAAUGAAAUAGUCACAUGCGUUUCUUUUCACCCAACAGAUGAUCGUUUCUUUGUAUCAGGUACAUUGGACCAUCGGAUCCAGCUAUGGUCUGUCUUAGAGCACAAAACCUUGCAAUGGAAUCAAUUAGAAUAUUCAAUUUCAGCCAUUUGUUUUCAACCUAAUGGUCAGCGGAUAAUCGUCGGGAUGUUUUACGGAAUGUGUGCAUUGUUUGAAACAGAACAACUUCGUUACGUUUCUUCAUGGCUCAUUCAUCGGUCAUCUUCACGAAAUAGAAAAAGUAGAAUAACUGGAUUACAAUGUACGAAUGCCACCCCUGGAGAACUUGAUUCCGAAGCGUAUGUUUUGGUUUCCACAAACGACAGUUCUAUUCGACUUUUUGAUGUUAAAAAUAGAUCUUUGAUUUUGAAAGUGGAUCAGGAUCACCGCAUAAAUAGGCAAGUACUUUCUCGUCUCAACGAAGACAAUAAUUAUAUUAUUAGCAGAAGCGACUCCAACGAAGUUACAUUAUGGCAUCUCCCAUACAAAUUUCUGUCUUCAACAAGUAAACGAAGAGGGGUUGUGCGUCAUUUGCCAAUGGAAACAUUUCGAAUUUGCACAGAAAGACUUACCUCUGCGAUCAUUGCCCCCUCGAGAACAGCUGUAGAGGUUGCCCGCUCGGAAGGAUAUUCCUUUCCUGGAAAGAAUUGGAAAAGUGCGUUUUCCAAAGUUUCAGAGAAAACCGCUGAUCUACGCCCCAUUGAUAUUAUCAUCGUUAGUAAUAUGGCUGGAAAAAUAAUUGUUUUGAGGCGUGAUUGCCUACAAGAAAGAAAAAAGUCUUCCCUUAAAGGCUCUGUAAAAUUUCGAAAAUUCGUUCAUGACUGGUUGCAUAUUUAAUUUUUCUUCUCUUUAUUAUUUUUAAUCUGAUGUCUAAAAAAGAUGUAUGAUUAACCUUAUACCCUUCAUCGUAAAAAUAUUUUGACUGAUGGAGUAAACCAUAUACCUGAUCAAGCCCAGAAUACUACGCCUGAAUGAGCGGUCACCAGUUGGGCAUGCCGUGGAUUAAAACGGACUAUAGAAGGCACUUCAGGACAUUCUACUUUUUGAGUCACAGGAAUACAGCUUUGCGGAACUGAAGGUAUUGUAUCCUUGACCUGUGCCAUUAGUUCAUGCAUAUUCCAAGUGUCGGAAUGUUGAUUUGAUGAUUUCAUCUCAGGCAAUUCGUAGAUGGCCAGGUGCUUCUCAUCAUUUGCAGUAAAUAAAUAUUUACUGUCUGGAGACAUACAAGCAGAAGAGUAAAAAGAAAGGCUUUUACUAGCACUUUUAGCAUUUGUCCUAGCUGGUACACGUAACAAUUCCUGUCCACUAUAAGUAUCU